CAAAAAUGGAAUCUUUUACAAAAAGCUCAUCUCAAAUAAAAGUAAAAAAAGCGGUUGUGAUGGUACAGUCGGAAGACAAUGAUAUGAACAUAACAGAAGAAAAAGAGGAGCCUAAAGUCAUAAAAUUUGGGAAGAAAGAAACCGAAGAAGAAAAUGAAGAAGACAUAGAAAAGGUAUUUGUGGUAGGAGAUAAAGGAUUGGAUGAAUGUAAAUUGUACCUGGAUAAAGUUAAUUUUGCGCAGAAAAUGGUGAAGAGAUUUGUUAAAGAAGCUUUUGUUCUUGCAAAAUCCAGAACAUCCCUUGAAAGUUCACCAUCUAUUAAAAGCAGUACAAAUAUACAAACAAGUUGGACUUGGCCACUUGUAUACAAAAUGGAUUAUAAAGCUGGUCAAGAAGCUAUAGAAAAUUAUAUAAAUUCACUGAAAAUGAGAGAGGCAUGGCAAUAUAAAGUGUUUUUUCUAAAGAAAAUCGAGGGUCCUUGUAAUAUAGAAUACCAAUAUGAAGUAGCAAACAAAUCUUUUUUAUUAUACAGGAUGUCCAAAAUAUACGUGUACAACGAAAUAAGUUGAUUUAACCCAUCUUAGCUAAACUCAAGUAACGAAUUCGUUUAUCCGCUAGAGGGCUAACAAUUCUCUUGUAAUAGUUGGAAAUUGUUUUAAUUUAACCCAAUAGUACCGGUGUUUCAUUGUACACUUAUUUUCAAGACAUCCUUCUCAAAUAAUGCCUAAUAAUUUUAAGGUGAUAUUUUCUUUACCCACCAACGAAUAUCCUAUAGUUCAAGCCUAUUCAUCUGUAUUUUUCUAUUUGGAAGCUUCCAAACUAAAGCAUGGAGAUUGUUGUGUUGAUGUUUAUUAUCAUUUCGAAAAUAUGUCUCUGAUAAGAAACGCAAAAGUCGACCAGUUUAGAGAAUUUUGGUUAAAUAUUAUACUGGAUUGUAAAUUAG